AUGGACGUAAUUGAGCUGAUCGAGCGGAGGAAAUUCAAGCAGUUAUAUAAACAUGUUAAGGGAAAAAAGCUAGAUAAUUUUUUUUUUUGUAUUUAUAGAUAUAAUAAUUUAUAUAAAGGAAAAAAUGAAUACUUGUUAAAAAUAUGGAAACUAAUAAUAAACAAACCCGAAUAUGCCAACAUAUAUAAUGAUAUGUCAAUUGUUAAUUUUAAAUAUGUAUGUGACUUUUUUACAUAUGAAUUAAAUACAAAAAAAAAUUAUGAACAAGAUGAAUAUACAAAUAUGUGUGCAAACGAGUUAGGUGAAAAAAAAAACAUAUAUAUAGCCAAAAUCUUUCUAAAACAAUUAGUUGACAUUAUAAAAUAUCAAGCAAAUAAAUUAAAUGAUAUUUUGAAGGAUGAUAAUAAUGAAAAUCGAAUAAAAAAUAUAAACUGUUCAGAAGAAAUAGAAGAAAUUUGGUGGAAUCACAAUAAUUUAAUUGUUAUAAAUGAAAAUAGAGAAUUUGAUUUUCUUUUUAAUAUAACACACACACUUAUAUAUAAUUCAUAUAUUACAAAUGUAGUUGUAGAUAUGUUAAAAAUAUCAUAUAUAAAUAUAAAUGAAUGCUUUUUAAAAUAUAUUCUUUAUACUAUAUAUAAUGUAUAUAUAAAAAAUAAGGAUAUAUUAUUUUUUUAUUUUAUAAUUUAUAAAAAAUUAAAAAAAAUUAAAAAUAACAUUAUUAAUUCGAAGAGUUUAUUAAUUUAUUGGAAAAUUGUAAAAUAUAUAAGAAAACAUAAAAAUAUUUUAAAAACAAUUCAAAGCUUUAAAAUAUUAAGACAUUUUUUUCUCAAUAUAUGUGAUAAAAAUUUGAUAUCUAACUUUGUAAAAUAUAUUUUUGAAUAUCUUAAAAAUAGAUUAAUUAUAUUAUAUGGAACAAAUUGGGAACAUGAAUUUAUAUUUCUUCAAAAAAAAACAGAUAUCCCUGAUGAAAUUUACAAUGAUUUUUCAGAAUUUUCAUUUUUCGUAUAUUUAUCUAUUCGUGAUUUGAAUUCAAAUAAUAAAUCUUUAUUUAAUUUCGAUCUAAAACAAAUUAAAAAUAUCGUAAAAGCAGAUCAAAUAAAUUUACUAAACAUUUAUAUGAUUUUAAAUUAUAUUAAUAAUAGUAAUCUAGAUAAUUAUUUAAAACUAAAAUAUUCUAUUUGUAUUGUGUUAAAAAAUUUAUCACAAAAUGAGUUUGUCACGAAAAAUACAAAUAUUGUUUUUUUUUCACAUUUAGAGAAACUUAUAAAAUCUGAAAUUAAUAAAAAUGUAGAAACAAAAAAUAGUGAUCAUAAUACAGAAGUAGUGUCAAACAGUUUUUCUGAAUGUGUGGAGAAUAGUUUGAGUUAUCGCCAAAAUUUUCGCCAACAAAUUUCGGAAUGCAUCCACAACGUUCUUAAAAGCAACAAUUCUUUAAUAUGUGAUGAAAUAAAAAGGGAAAAUUUUAUGUCCUCCCAAAGUGUGUUAAAAUAUAUUUAUAUUAUUUUUUACAAUAUGUUAAACAAGAAAGGGAACCUAUUUGUAAAUCGUUAUGACAAUAAAAAUGAGAAUGACGAAAUUGAAGAAAACAUGAAACAACAUAUUUACAACUAUACAUAUUUUAGUGAUGUUAAUUAUUCAAAUUUUGAAUUUUUAAAUAAACAAGAAAAUAAAAAUAAAUAUUUUAUUAUAAUUUCAUUACUUAUUCAUAUUAACAUUAUAAAAAUAGAUGAUAUAUGGAAUAUAAAGUUAUUAAAUAAUAUAAAAAAUAAUUAUUUUUUUAAUUUAUUAAAUUUUUUUAAAUUAAAAAAAAAAUAUAAUCUUUUUUUUUUAACAAUUUCAAAAGUUUUAAAGGUAAAUCCCCAAUUGAUUGUUUCUUUUUCAAAAUGUGAAAAAGAAAUGUUUGGAGAUGUUAAUAAAAAUGAAGAAAUAAUUUUUUUGAACAAUUUUUAUGCAAGUAUACAAAGGAAUAAUGAAAAUAAAUUAAAUUUCAAAAUGAUAAUAAUAAUAAAUGAAAAAUAUAUCAAAGAUGUUUUAAAAAAACAACAACAAAUUUAUGAUUAUAAUAUUAGUGAAACAAAAUUAAUAGACACAAUCACUUUUUUAUUGAUUUUUUCUUUAACAAAAUAUAUAUAUAAAUUACCAUUAAAUAUAUCUAAAUACAUUUUAAAGGAAAUUUUAAAAUAUUUGUCAAAACCAAUACAUGAUGUUAAAAAACGAAUAAAUGAAUAUUUUGACAAUAUGUGUUUAAGAAUAGUAUUUUAUAUUUUCGAAUUUAUUUAUAUUAUAUCUUGUCAUAUUUACUAUUCUAAUGAUAUUGAAAAGUUGGAAAAUUAUAAUAAAGAAUUUUAUAUUUUUUCUUUUUUUUUCAAUCUCAUAGAUGUUUAUAUAAAAUUUAUUGACAAAUAUAAUAAAAAAAAUAAUACUUGUAUAUAUUCUUUAUUAAAUUAUAAAUUUUGCCAAUUUUUUCUCUUGUUUUUUGAUUUUAAAGUGUGCAAUAAAAAUCUCAAUUUUGCAGACGUAUUUUCUUCCACAUCAAACAAAUUUACAGACUUAUUUUCUCCCACAUCAAACAAAUUUACAGACUUAUUUUCUUCCACAUCUUCGUUAUCAUCUACGAAAAAAUCAGCAAAUCGAAAACUAAAUUGGGUUGGGAAUAAAAGAAACAGCUUGGUGUAUAUAGAGGAUAUGGGCUUAUUUAGCGAAUACUAUGAUAAAUACCAUGAUAAAUACCAUGAUAAAUGCACAGAAUUGCAAAAAAGCAAAAAAAAAUUGAAUCAUAUCGGUAAAAAUGGUGAUAAUAGCGAUAAUAGCGAUAAAAACAAUUUUGACGAAGUAUAUACAAGUUAUGCUAUAUCAAUUUUAUUUAAAUUUAUUAAAAAUAAUAAUCCACAAAUUAUGUGCUAUUUAUAUAUACUAUUGCUUUAUGCAAUUUCAAAUAUACAUACAACAGCUAGUUAUAGAUAUAGAGAACUUAAUUAUUUAAUUUUUUUACACAUAUUACCAUGGAAACAAUCUUUUAAUUAUUCUAUAAUGGAUAGAAAAUUAAGUUCUUUUUUUUUCCAAAAGUUUUAUGAAUCUGUUCAAAAUUUGUUACCCGAAAUUGUUGUGGAAAAUUUUAGUCCCUUUCCAGAUUUUGAAAAAGAAAAAAAACAAAAUUCAAAAAUAUUUUUGGAAAUGAAUUAUGAAAGCGAUGAAAUAGGAAAUGUAAAAAAUAACUCGAAAAAUGAAUACACACAUAAUUGUAACAAAAAAAAUAUAACAUCAAAAAUUAAUUUGAAUAAAAUGACGACAAUUUAUGAACAAGUCAUAAAAAUAAAUAAAGCUGUAAUAAAUAUUUUUUUUUCAAAAAGUGAUAAUGAAAAAAUUAUAAACGAUUUAAUCACAUUACAUACAAGUAAUAACUUAUUAAGAAAUUCCAUAUUAAUAACAAAUUUUAUUAAUAUUAUUUUUUUGAAAAAAGAAAUAAAAGAAAAAAAUGUUUUGGAACUUAUUCAAAAUAUAUUUAAUGACCAAGUAACUUCUUAUUACAUAUCUAUAUUUCAAAAUCCGUUAAAUUUUUUUUUAAAAUGUUCAAAAAAAAUUUGUGAAAUAUUAAUUAGAUAUAAUUUUAUGGAUAAUUUAAUAUUUUUUAUUUUUACAAAAUUAAAUAAUUAUUUAUUAUUAAUACCUCCCAAACUGUUUCAAGAUGACUAUUUGCCAUUGAAUAUAGAAGAUAUUAUAUCUUUACAAGAAACAUCUAUGGCUCAAUUUAUUAUUAACAUAGAUUCAGAAAUAAAAAAUGAUUGUUUGGAAAAUUUAAAAGAAUGUUCUUCAUUCGAUUCAAAACAAACUAGUUCAAAUGAUGAAAAUACACAACUAACAUUAGAAUUGAAAAAAAAAAAAAAAAUAAAAUAUAUUUUUUCAAAUUUAACUUAUUUUUUAAAAAAAAUGAAUAUAAUAGCUAACACACUAAAUGUUACCACAUUAAAUAGUUUAUAUGAAUCUGGUUUUAAUUCAAAAUCUGCUUUUUAUUUAUCUUUUUAUAUAAAUGAACAUAAUUUUUCAAAUAUAUUUUAUUAUUUGAAUAAUAAUAUAGUAGCUAUAAUAAAUGAAAAUUUUAAUUUAGAAGAUAAUAUAAAUUAUUAUGAACAUGUUCAUAUUAAAAAUACAACAUUUACAUUAACCCCUUAUAAUAUUUUAGAUAAAACUUUAUUUUAUUUUCAAAUAGUAAUAUUUUAUCUUAUUAUUAAUGCAAAUAACAAAUUAAUAGAUAUAUCAAAAUAUACAGAAACAAUAUGUACAUAUUUUACUAACUGUUUAGAGCUUCAUUCAAAACCUUAUAUUAGUAAAUUUUUAAUCUCAAUAACACAAAUUUUAGUUCAAUAUUUUUAUUUUUUUCCCUCAUUAAUACCUAACAUUCUCCCAACUCUUUCAAAGCCAAACAAUUAUCAAAAGGAACUAUCAAAUCACCUUUCGAAUUUUCAAAAAAAAAUAACACGGAUACUCGAAAUGUCAUAUAAAUAUGGCUCUGGCAAGAAAGAGCCCUAA